AUGUCCAGUUAUUCCAGUUGUUCAAUGUCAACCGACUCCGAGAGGGUUCAGCCGACUGGCACUCAUAAGAUUCACUACAACGCUCUGAGCGACUAUGACUUUGUGCUCAAGACACCGAAACCCAUUGAUAUCUCGCUGGCGCUACCGCACUAUCGUGCGCGCAACCAACCAGUCGACCACCGUCUGGCCAUGUUCAUCAGUACCGAGAUGUCGCCAAUUAAGCUUAAAGUUUGCCGCUCUGUGCCUCGCUGCAAGUUUUUCCUCGACAUCCGCACCACCGCUUCCAACGUGACCGUUUGGUUGCCUUCGGAUUUCCGGGGUCAUAUUCGUUGCUCGGGCACACCAUCUUUCUCAGCUGGUUUUGUCAACCGCUUGAUGGCAAAUUGCCGAGUUAAUGAAGCAAUGUCGAUGGAUGACAAUUGGGACGGAGAUGAAGUGUGGGUCGAUACCCGUGGUCUCGUGACGUUCAGGAUGUGGGACGUUCACACCAACGCUCCAGAGAGCCAGCCCAAAGAAACGUUGAAACGCAUUUUCAGUUCGACUUCUAAGAAAUUACCGGAAAGGAGCAUUAAUUGGGAUUUUCUUCUUGAGGAUUAA